UAUCUGAAUGCAACGAGGAGACUCCCAGUGCUACAAGUAGCGGAAUAAUAACGCAAAAUCGUAUCACAAUUUGGUCAGAAAUGACAAUUCAAUCAUUUCGACUCGAAGGUUAUCGACUGACACUGCGACAAAACUUAUGUGCCUACAUGUUUCAAUCUCCGGCACAGUUCUAAACCGUUUGUAAGACUUGAACCCAGCUUAUCGAGCGUUGUUAAGCAUGGUGAAAUCCACAACAUAGCCAGCGCCUCGUUGCUAACGACACCGUCAAAUGUCGAUCGGGAUGUGAGGCAGCUACAUAGUGAAGGUGCUCGUAUUUUACAUUACAAAUUUUGUGAAUUUUCUAACCAUUGAACCUCGCUAUUCUUAUCUUUCAUCUGAGAAUAAACACUGAACCAAAUAGUGAUUACUCUGUGUUCAGAUCCCUCAUGGGUAUCAAGGACUGGCGACUUUCACGAGAUAGAAAUUAUGAAGCGAGAAAAUGUCUGUAAGAGAGCAAAGAUACAGUUCCGAAAUCAGGUAUGAAACCGGUGACGACAGAUCAACAAACUUCGAUGAGUCGGAUUCCGACAUCAAGUAUACCAGCACCCCACUGAAAAAAAUUGAUCUAGUACAUGUUCGACAAAAUAUAUCGGCCCCUCUGAAUUGUGACUCGGAAGAAUCGACGGAUGUCAAGACCUCCGUAACGAGACCUUUACCCAAACGGAGAAGCGCCCAAGUUUUGAAGAAGCAAGGGGUUCCCAGAACUCGUAGAACUGGGAUCGAGAAACAGACGGGGAAAAGACAAAUACGGUCGAAGAGGCGAAGACCAGAAGAAAGCAGAAACGAUGAUCGCGAGAAAGUCGACGAAAAAACGACGACAAGGAGACCUCGUUCCACAGACGGAAAUGCGGAUUCAGAAAGCCGUAGGAGGGCGGAAAAUCUACAGAGACAAAAAAAAGCAGCUGAUGAACUACCGAUUGCGGAACUAUUGCGAAAUGCGCAGGAAAAUCAAAAAAACAAAACAAGGUAUGAGGAGCCAUCGCCCAUGCUGGAGUUGACAACUGACACCAUUUACGUUCAGGGGAGAAACGGGUUCAGUGCAGUGAAAAUUAGGAAAAGCAACAAGGUAGAAAACGCCACUGAAAGGUUUUCGAAGCCUAUAUACGUCGCAAUCAAAAUGCACAAUCUAUCCAAAUGUGUGAUGAUCUGGUGCCAGGGUCUUCUCGGCGGUAUCGCCUUGACUCAGAUCCUCUUGGUAGCAAAAAUGGAGGCUGAUCCCAGUCUACUCGCGCUAAUAAAUGCCACUAACUACCCCCAGAUAAUAUCAGGGAUAUUUUUAUUUCUCGUCACAAUAAGUCUUCUCUCUGCGAUGGACAGAAUUGAUUUUGGACAUUUCGACCUGGACCAAUUUUGCAUGAUUUCUUACCGCCGUUGCUUGGCGAUAGUUAUACUUCUGCUGUACCUUGUAGCGAUCUGUAUUCACUUGACGGCGACAGACCAAUAUAAAAAUUCAACAACUCUUGAUCAAGGAACACGGCAAAUUGACACGAUCCGAACCGUCGAUGAUGAAUACACCGUCCAAAGUAAUAUGUACACUUGGAAAUACGCACUUUGCAUCGUGGCCUGGGUCUGCAUUGCAUUUGGGCCGACUGACGACAUGACCACAACGCAUUUGGAAGCUCUACUGGAAUAUGCCAAGUAACAUGCAGAUCGAAGCUUCCCAAGGUUGAACAAGCAAUUGAGCUGAAACAUUCAACUAUCAUCUAUAGCACAGUAGUUUCUAGUUUACACAUAAAUGUAAAUAAAUGUUGCGAUGCUAUGGUCAACACUAGAUUCUGCAUUGACGUCAGAUGAGGCGGUAACCCAAUGCAGAGUAGAGCAACAAUACAAAAGAGCUAAUACCAAUUAUUAGAGUUUCUCAUGGCGAACAGUAAGUUGAGGCAGUCCAUGACUGUGCUCAGCUCAAGACAGUUAUACCGAUUUCAUGAUGAGUUACUUGUGCACACCCAAAAAAUUGAACGUAACGUGAUAACGGUUUACUAAAAAAUGAACGCAGCAGCCGUAUACACUGUAUAACAUUUUUCGAUGCGUACUUAUAUAGACUACAAUUUGGUGUCAAUUUAGGACUAUCUCCGGUAAAUUUUCAAAUUGACCCCAAAAAUCGGUCGAUAAACGUUCACACCAGCCAAUUUGAACAAUAAAAUUUGUACAUUGCUCGUUAUA